GCUGUCCUCUAGCCAGGAACUGUAAAUACCGAAGAGGUUUUCUGUUUUUAUUAUUGCAAUUUGACAGAAUAUCUACACAAGUAUAUACUAAGCUUUCAUGUUUCAUAGUUAUUUUCUAUGUUUAAGAUGGGUUUGGUGCGUCUUGUCAGCAUUUCAUCAAGAUGCUACUCCAUGCAUUUCGGACUUCUUAACACACGCCAAAACGUCUUUCAAAAUGGUGUCGCGAAGACUUUAUAUAUUAAAACCACGCCAGAUCAGCUUUACUCGCGGUUUGUCGGCGUUGUUAAGCGGCAACAUGCAAACAUGUGUACAUCUACACAGCUGUCUCGAGAUGUCACCGUGUUUGACCACGACAGAACGCGCUUCUUCCGCCUUCUAUCCAUCUUUUGCGGAGGACAAUUUCUGUUUUGGACAUAUUUGGCUCAGUUCGCCUAUACAGGGCUGAGAGACACGAGUGGAUCUAAAGACAAGACGAAAAAACAAGCUACAAAAACAACAGGACUCGCGGGGAUGUGGAGUUUUGAAAUGAACCUUGGCUCAAGCGCUUGGAGAUACGGGUUCACCGCUGGAUGUUUGGCCAUAGGAGCGGGAAUAGUGGGGCUUGGAUUUGUUUUUUGUCGACGAUCUGUGAAUCAAGUAAUCUUACAUCAAGGUGGAAAAAUUGUGACAAUAUGCACACAGUCACCACUAGGACCAGGAAAUGGGCGCAAAAUAACCGUGCCUCUGUCCCAAGUUGCCUGCUACGCUCACAGACAAGAGUCGUCUUCGUUCAUCCCGCUGAGAGUCAAAGGGCAUAAAUUCUACUUUCUCAUGGAUAAAGAGGGCACUGUCACGAAUGCAAAACUGUUUGAUAUCACUGUGGGAGCCUACAGAGUCAUAUGAACGAUCUAUAACUCACUAAACAGUGCUCAAGCCACCUUCUCUAAAAGUGUAUG